GUUUUUGGGACAGACGCAUCGUUUCAGCGCUUCCAGUUCAGAGCCCACGGGCUGGACACGGAGGGCAGCGCUCUCCCCGGGAGGACGGGCUGGCAGCGAGGAGUCGGAGCUGGAGCGAUCCCCUGGCCCGGGUGAGAGGAAGAUGAAGGUCCUGCUGAUGCUGGCGGUGCUGCUCGCCUGCAGUGUGUUCGUGUCGCAUGGGAAGCUCCCACACAUGUUCGCACCGGGACUCGAGGGAAGCACCGUAGGAAAUCUGACUGCCCACGGUUGCUACUCAGGACCGGGCAGCAGCGGCACGUCGAAGGCUUUAAUGGACCGGUGCUGCCUGCUCCGUGCCUGCUGCUACGCCAAGCUGGCUGCCCGGCGGUGCCGCGUGGGACCGAUCCAGCCCCUCUCGGUGCCCCGGGCCGGAAUCCCCACCUGCCGCUCCGGGACCCAGUGCCAGAGGGGAGCCUGCAGGUGCGAGCGGGCAGCCUUGCUGUGCCGGAUGCGCGGCUGGAGGCUGCCCCGGCGUCGCAGCAAGUGUCGGGGACGAGCCGGGCGGUGUUGAAGCAAAAGGGCUUUUUGCAAAACCACCUCCAAGCUGUUGCGUCAUCAUACACUGGAUCCAGGGAGGGAGAGCAGCACAGAUGCGAUGUUUCAGCACAGGAAAACAAGGGAAGGGUGGACACCUGCGCCUCGUCCCUGCGAAGGGCAAGAUGGAAACCAACGCGAGCCUCUCCGCUGAGACUCAUUUCCCCUUGGCUCGAGCUCCCCGUGCAUCCUGUCAGCUCCCUCUGCUUUUUGCUUCACCGCAGAUUCUCUUCUGUUGCUCCAAAAUAAAACCAGAGCGC